UAGCAACACUGGUGUUUUUGUUAAAAAUUAAUAAAUGAGUGAUAAUCUAUGGUCUUUUUCCGGUACGCAAGACAGUCAAAUAGUCAACAACCAUGGCUGAUGUUGAAGUCGAGGUCCCCACCAACCCCAUCUUGUCGGGUAACAACAUGGACGUGAACGUAGCACUGCAAGAGGUGCUAAAGACAGCUUUAAUCCACGGUGGUCUUGUGCACGGUCUUCACGAAGCCGCUAAAGCUCUUGACAAGAGGCAAGCAGUACUAUGUGUUUUGGCUGAGAACUGUGAUGAAGCCGCAUACAAGAAACUUGUUCAGGCUCUGUGCAACGAACAUCAGAUUCCACUGGUCAAGGUUGACAACAACAAAAAGCUUGGAGAAUGGGCUGGUCUCUGCAAGAUUGACAAGGAUGGCAAGGCAAGGAAGAUUGUCGGCUGCUCCUGUGUUGUCAUCAAAGAUUUCGGCGAGGAAACUCCAGCGUUGGAUGUGCUCAAGGACUACCUCAAGUCGUCGAGCUAAUCCUUAGGUGUUAAUGCUAAUCCAUAUAAGUUAAAUUAAAAAUCCCAAAAAAAUA